UUGCUUUUAGCAUUGUGUUUUCAGUUGCUCUGGUAACGGCUCUUGUAGGUGUGCAGUCACACUUUCAGCUAGCAAUAUUUUCAUUUUGUUUUAACUCUCUUAUUGUUUAGCUUACUAUUUGGUUGUAGUUUAGCACUCACUACGUUUUAAACUUUAAAUAGUCUACACCAUUGUGAAAACUCACAAUUCGGCCUACUUUAGCUACUCUUUACUUGUCGAUGUUCGCAUGAUGGAUUGGCAUCAUGUUUAACUUUACAGUCCUAAUUAGUUACAUUGCCUAGGCACCUUUAAUAAACCCUUUCAUUCGAGUAUGCUAUAUUUGUAAAUAUAAUCUGCUUAUUGAAGAUGAAUAGGACUCCAGAGAUCAAGCAUCACCAAACAUCUCCAGCUGGGGAAACUACAUCAGAGACUAAUGUCAUUCUUGUCCCACAGCUGGAAACAGUUUUCAGCCGAGCAGCUAGGAUCAUCCAGCGAGCAUGGAGGACACAUGUUGAUACUGCUGUUUUCAAGCACCUCAAGAAACUAGUAAACUUCCAUAAUCAAGGGGAUCCACGUCUCCUCCUUAGAUUUAUUAACCCUGCAGAGGCCAAUAUUCUGGAUGCUGCUUCAGGGGCCCUUAUUCGAUUCAGACUGGGUGGGCCAACCUAUCCUCCAAACAUCUACUUUAAAGUAUACACUCGUGCACCCAUAGUGGACAUGGGUGCUUGCAGUCCUAAAGAUUACACGCAGCAAAAGAAACCAGCUCCAAGCCAGAUCCACAAUGGCCGACGGACCAUCUGUGAUGAGGAUGAUCACUCUGGGUGGUACCAGCGGGUGGAGAACAAUGGCUGGAGGACUUUGUCUGGCAAGAUAUCCAUGUUUGAAGACCCAGUGACUCAAGAUACCAAUGACAAGAAGAUUGAAUUCCAACACUGCAAAAUCCGUCGGCGACAAGAUGUUGAGAGAAAAAAAAAGAUUCGAAAAAUUGAAUGGAUGAGGAAAAUGUAUGCUGAGGGUCUCCUGCAUGCUCGUACAGAACACAGCGAAACAGCUCUGCUGGUGCACAAAUCCACACAAAGAACGAUGGAUUCACUCCAACAAUUUGGACCAGAUUCAGUUUUAGAGCAGGAAGUGGAUGAACUGCUCGCAUGGACCGAUGCUCUUGAUUUUGAUAAGUAUAUCAAUGAAUGGAUGAAUUUGGGCACCAGCAAAUGCUGCAUAGUUAAAGACGAGUGACCAAAGGGACUUUGCUCGUGUCCCUGUGCAUGAUAUUUGUAAGAUUCCUCCGAUCAGUCAGGAUGACCGUCUAGUGGAGGAACAACAUCUGGAUCACAUCUGAGAAUGCAAUGCAUCAUGCAACUCUUGUAAUAUUUAAAUUUGCUUUAUUAAUUUGAACAAAUAAAACAGGCAUGAACACUUA